CUCAGCCCUCCACACAAUUACCCAUUCCUUGUGUGUCUGUCUGUCUUCUCUUCUUCUUCUUCUUCCUUAGUGGCCUGCCUUUCAUGGUCGAUCAUAGCCCACCAAGUGGCUGUGCAGCAUGCUUUGACAUUGAUACUCUCUAUAGACAGAGCUUUUGAAUCUUUCUCUAUGGUUGGCUUUGGUUGAAGAUGAUGGCUGCCUACUGCCUAGCUAGCUUUUCUCCUCCCCCAUAUUAACGACCUUAAACAACCCUUAGAUAGCCUCUCUAAGCUCAUUCCUAAAUGACAUGGAGAUAUAUGUUUACUACAUAUUUGAUCCGAUUAAUUUAAGUCGUUACCUAUAAGUAGGCAAACCUAAUAAUUUGUUAAUUGUUUACGGACCGUGCCAAAAUUUAUGAGAUGAUGUAGCUAGAUUUUUUUUUUCUUUUUUGGUCUGUGUGACCAAUUAUCUAAAGUUGUGAGACUUGAGAUGAUUUUUAAUUUUAUUUGUACAAAAAAGACUCUGUGUGGGAGGGUAUUAUGGUUUAUCUCUGCAAAAUUGGACAUUAGUGUGGAUUAUCCUAUCAUUACAGGGUCAUAGAAGUAAACAUUGAGAUUAAAUUACUACUUGUUUUAAUUUCUACAUGUGUGAUUGUGGCAUUUUUUUUUUUUACUUUCUCGAUAUUAGUAUUAGCUAGAAUUUAUCAGACCAACUCUUUAUGUUAACUAUAUCGAUAUGGGUUUCUAGAUAUAUUUAUAUUAACUAUAUCGAACCAACUCUUUGUUGUGGUAUGGAUCUCUUUUCCUAAAAUGAUAAAUAAGAUAUUAAUAAUUAAUGUGUUGGGCAAACUAAUGGGUUAUAAUGUUACAUAAAUCUGUCCUUAUCUUCAUCUGUCAUUCCAUUCUUUUGCCUAAUUGCUUUCUGUACAAAGUCCGGCUGAGUUCUUUAGCAAGAAAGAAUAAUCAUCCAUAGAGUAGACAGUUUCUUCAGAAUUUUUAUACAGAAUGACAUGAUAUGAUAUGAUUUGAUUUGUUAAUGAUGAUACAUUAAGAAAGUAAUCCCCAUUUUUCUGACAUUUUUGAAAUCCUAUCUUACAUAUAAAGGAGUUCUUGCUUCACAUUUCACAAGGGAGCUGCAGCAUGGAUCAAGAGCAGGAGCUUGACAUUGAGGAGAAGAGGAGGAAGGAGAGGACUCAAUGGGUUCUGAAUUCUCCUGACCCUCCUGGCAUGUUUCACGAGCUUAUUGGGUCAGCAAAGCAUGCUUUUACUCCUCGCAUAGUGAAGCUUUCUUCAUCAUCCAGGAAGCAGCAUCGAUCCACGGUUGUACUCUCACUCUUGCAGGGUCUAUUUCCAAUCCUUAGCUGGGCAAGGAGUUACAAUCCGUCAAAAUUCAAGGAUGACUUACUGGCAGGCCUAACUCUGGCUAGUCUCAGCAUUCCCCAGAGUAUUGGAUAUGCUAGUUUGGCGAAGCUGGAUCCUCAGUAUGGCUUGUACACGAGCGUCGUGCCCCCUCUGAUCUAUGCUCUAAUGGGAAGCUCGAGAGAGAUAGCGAUUGGACCGGUAGCUGUGGUUUCAUUGCUGCUUUCUGCAAUGCUUCAGAAAACACAGAAUCCUCUGACCAAUCCCAUUGCCUACACGAAGCUUGCCUUCACUGUAACUUUCUUUGCUGGAACCUUCCAACUUGCUUUUGGCUUAUUCAGGUUGGGAUUUCUUGUGGAUUUUCUGUCACAUGCUGCCAUUGUUGGAUUCAUGGGAGGUGCAGCCAUUGUAAUUGGGCUCCAACAGCUCAAGGGGCUGCUUGGGAUUAGUAAUUUCACCACAAACACCGAUGUCGUCUCCGUUCUGGAGGCUGUUUUCAGAGCCCUUCACCAUCCUUGGUAUCCUCUCAACUUUGUCCUUGGCUGCUCAUUCCUUACCUUCAUCUUAAUUGCCAGAUUCAUUGGCAGAAGGAACCGAAAGCUUUUCUGGGUGCCGGCCAUUGCUCCUCUUGUCUCUGUCAUUUUGUCGACUCUGAUCGUCUACCUGACAAAAGCCGAUAAGCAUGGAGUUAAGAUUGUGAAACACUUCAAGGGGGGCUUGAAUCCGAGCUCGGCUGAUCAGUUGCAGCUCAGAAGCCCUCAAGUUGGACACGCGGCGAAAAUUGGACUAAUUUGUGCCAUUGUUGCUCUUACUGAAGCUAUUGCUGUUGGUAGAUCCUUUGCUUCCAUUAAAGGGUAUCAUAUUGAUGGGAACAAGGAAAUGGUUGCCAUGGGCUUCAUGAACAUUGCAGGCUCUUUGACAUCCUGCUAUGUUGCCACCGGUUCUUUCUCGAGAACUGCUGUGAACUUCAGCGCAGGCUGCCAAACCCCGGUGUCGAACGUAGUCAUGGCCAUUACAGUGCUUCUAUCCCUGGAAUUGUUAACUAGGCUCUUGUAUUUCACUCCCAUUGCCAUCCUCGCCUCCAUCAUCCUCUCUGCUCUCCCCGGAUUGAUCGACAUCAAUGAGGCUUACAACAUCUGGAAGGUCGACAAACUUGACUUCCUCGCCUGCAUCGGGGCCUUCUUUGGAGUCUUGUUUGCAUCAGUGGAGAUCGGUCUUCUGGCUGCGGUGACGAUCUCGUUCGCUAAGAUAAUACUGAACUCCAUUCGACCAGGGACCGAGGUGCUGGGGAGAAUUCCAGAAACAGACAUUUUCUGUGACAUCAAACAGUACCCUAUGGCCAUUACAACUCCAGGCAUCUUGAUCAUCCGGGUCAAUUCUGGCUUGCUUUGCUUUGCCAAUGCCAAUUUCAUCAGAGAAAGGAUAAUGGAAUGGGUGGUGGAAGAGGAUGGAGAUGAAGGAACUGCAAGGGGGAAGGUUCACAUAUUAGUCCUUGACAUGUCCAGCGUGACGAACAUCGAUACGACAGGGAUCUUGGCACUGGAAGAGCUGCAGAAGAAGAUGGUGGGAAGAGAAAUACAAUUGGCCAUUGCCAAUCCAAGGUCGCUGGUGAUUCAGAAGCUGAAAGCGGCCAAGUUCGUGGACAAAGUCGGUAAAGGGUGGGUUUUUCUCACGGUUUCUGAAGCUGUGGAUGCUUGCUUUGGCUCCAAAAUGGCGAUUUGAUGAGAAACAUAGGGUUUGAUGCAAGAAUGUGAACCCAAUCGAUGACGACAAUCAAAUGUUGUCGAGCUCUGCUAAUUAGUUAGUACUCUUUUUAUAUAUAUUAAAAGUUGUCCGGCACAUGUAAUGCGUGUGCAAUUAUAAUGUUCUUAUUUUUUAGAUAAAUAUUCAAUGCCUACACAUAUCGUCGUUAA